GCGGAGCUGCAGAACGGGUGCCGCCGCUGUCAUGGACGCCUGGGUCCGCUUCAGCGCCCAGAGCCAGGCCCGGGAGCGACUGUGUAGGGCUGCCCAAUAUGCUUGCUCCCUUCUUGGCCAUGCACUGCAGAAACAUGGGGCCAGUCCUGAGUUACAGAAACAGAUUCGACAACUGGAAGGUCAUCUGAGCCUAGGAAGAAAGCUUCUACGCCUUGGUAACUCAGCAGAUGCCCUUGAGUCAGCCAAACGAGCUGUGCACCUAUCAGAUGUUGUCCUGAGAUUCUGCAUCACUGUUAGUCAUCUCAAUAGAGCCUUGUACUUCGCCUGUGACAAUGUCCUGUGGGCUGGGAAGUCUGGACUCGCUCCCCGUGUGGAUCAGGAGAAGUGGGCCCAGCGUUCUUUCAGGUACUAUCUGUUUUCCCUCAUCAUGAAUUUGAGCCGUGAUGCUUAUGAGAUCCGCCUACUGAUGGAACAAGAGUCUUCAGCUUGUAGCCGGCGACUAAAGGGUUCUGGAGGAGUCCCAGGAGGAAUUGAAACUGGAGGACCUGGGGGUCCAGGGGUUCCAGGAGGAGGUCUGCCCCAGGUGGCUCUGAAGCUUCGGCUCCGGGUCCUGCUGCUGGCUCGGGUCCUUCGGGGUCAUCCCCCUCUCCUGCUGGAUGUAGUCAGAAAUGCCUGUGAUCUCUUCAUCCCACUGGACAAACUAGGCCUCUGGCGCUGUGGCCCUGGGAUUGUGGGGCUUUGUGGCCUCGUGUCCUCCAUCUUGUCUAUUCUCACCCUAAUCUGCCCUUGGCUACGACUCAAGCCCUGAUAUGCUGGUACAGGAUAAGGAGGGGACCUGAAUUGGUGAGAUGGAAUUUUAUAGAUCGUCCCUGUGUCCCAGCGUCAUUCUAACUCCACUUCUUGGUUAAAGUUAAAAAUCCAGAGAUUUGGGAAUAAAAGGAAGGAGCUUUGGGGAAGAUGAGAUGAGAAAAGGUGAAUUGUGAAAUCAACUGGAUGAUUCAGAUGUUCAGAUCUGCUCCAGCUUUUGUUCUUUUCCUCCUUCAUUGCACUGUCUGUGUCUCUCCUGACUCUUCUUACUGCCUCUUAAGUCUGUUUAAGAUUCUGUCUCUGUAUCCCUUUUGUACCUUCUCAGCCCCCUGUCAUAGGAAUUUAAUCAGCAGAGUUACUUUUUGGUAUGGGAAGUAGAAGUUAUGGUCUGUAAGAUUCAAAUUGUCUUCUUCCUUUUCCUCACAAAAGUGACAUGUGGCAGUUAUUUUUGCCUCCAGACUCCAGAUCAUAAUUUUAAAGGCUUUGCGUCCCAGUGGGCUCUUCCCACAUGCACCAGAAGUAGUUUCAUGCUUCUUUUUCCUUGCUCAUGUCUACCUCACUACCUUCCCUCAUGAUUUGGCAUUCCCCUUCUUUCUACUCACACUGCAAGUUUCUGCUUACACUUUGAUUUCAUGGCUUUGUUCUAGCCUUUCCAUACCCCUUCUUUGCCUAUCCAGAAUGAUGCUAUGUUUAGCAUCUUGUAAAUAUUGUAUAAUGAUUCUGUGUAAAUAGUUGAGGCCUAAGCCCAUGAUGGACAGCAAGCCUUCCAGGUUAGCAGAUUAAAGAUCAAUUUGCUCAUU